UCACUCUGAACCAAACAACUCUUUGAACUCCAACAUACUCUGAAUUCCAAUUCUUGUAAAUUUCUCUCUAAAAUGUGUGGCUAUUCUUUCAAUAUAACUGAUACUACUCUACAACGUGAGCAUAAAUAGUUUGAAUAACGAAUCAUAACUUACACAUCACAUGCUCCUUUCACUCUGUGACUUACAUUGUUCUUGUUCUUUCAUCACUUGUGGACAGAAAGAACAUGCAUCAUCAAGCAGUGAAAAGCAAUCUUGUUGCUUCAGAGAGAAAAAGGAUUGGAUCAGGAAAAUAUGAUCAACCCCUUUGUCCAAAACCUAUUAGGCUUUCACCUUCAAUACCUGAUUUCCUCAAACCAAUUUUGUGUACCAAACACAGUCAGCAAAACAUUGAUGAAGGGAACGGAGUACUCAACAUGAUCAUUGAAAAGAAUGCAGAUGGAAGAGAAUUAAUAUGCAAUGGAUGCUUACCUUGCUGUUACUCCGGCUCUCCGCCGCGAAGAACAGAGAAUCCAUUGGUUCAUGAUGUUGAGUUUCUUCAUCAAAUGGAAGUUGUUUCACCAUUAUUAUCAAGAACUAAAUUUUCUGAUAAAUUUGGUAUCACCUCUGCUUCUACUAUGUGAAUCAAGAAAAAAAAAAGAAGGGAAAAGAUUGUCAUAAAUUUCCUUAGCGUAGAAUUUAAAUUUUGAGGGAUUAUAUUGUGUAGAGAGUAAUUAGUAAUGCUUAUGUAAAUGUAAAUACAUAUAUGAGCUUCAUAGACUCAAGAUAUGUUUUUUGUGUAUAUAUAUAUAACAAAUUUUGU